CUCUUUCUUGCAGCCAUGGCAAGCACCAGCUCGCCGGUGCUACCCUUGUCGAGAUUAGAUUUUCCGGUCCUGUUUUCUGCUGGAAAAACCAAGAUCGUUGGGUCACGGGUCCAUUUUGGCAGGACCCGGUUUCGAAAACAUACGAUUUCUCACUCAUUUUUCAGUCUUUAUCGAUUGAAAUCAAAAGGGUUUGUUGUUUGCUCUGUUUCGACUGAUAAUCCAGCUGAAGAUCGAACUGAAGACAUGAUUUUAUCAAGCAAAAGCUCAGACCCUCAAGUUCAAAGCUGCAUGUGGACCUGGAAAGGUUACUCUAUUCGCUACCAAUGUUCUGGAAACAGUGGGCCUGCCUUGGUUUUGGUUCAUGGUUUUGGAGCAAACAGGUCUACAUCAUUGUCAUUUUGCUUCUCAUUAGGAGACAAGUAAUUGCUAUAGUGACCAUUGGAGGAAAAAUAUUCCAGUUCUUGCAAGAUCACAUAGGGUAUAUGCAAUUGAUCUUAUUGGGUAUGGAUAUUCUGACAAGCCAAAUCCUCGUGAAGUUGGAGAAUCUUUCUAUACAUUUGAGACAUGGGCCUCUCAGCUGAAUGACUUUUGUAGCGAUGUGAUCAAGGAUGAGGCAUUCUUCAUAUGCAAUUCUAUUGGAGGACUUGUUGGCCUUCAGGCAGCAGUUUUACAGCCACAGAUCUGUAAGGGCAUAGUUCUAUUGGAUAUAUCUCUUCGCAUGCUUCAUAUUAAGAAACAACCAUGGAUUGGGAGACCUUUUAUCACAUUAUUUCAGAGUCUGCUAAGGAAUACUGCCGUGGGAAAACUUUUCUAUAAAUCCAUUGCCACUAAAGAGUCUGUAAGAAGCAUUCUUUGCCAGGUACUCCUUUGUUUUUCCAUUCAUAAGAAACAAAUAAUAGCUCCAAAUAUCUCACCAUAAACAGUAUUUUGACACUACUCUUAUUGCUUUUUGUUCUACCAAACAUAUUUCAACUUUCAAAUUUUAACGCUGUUUCUGGUCCGAAGCUAGAGUUCCAAGUACAUUGUAGCAUUUACCAGGACAAGACAGAACACCAAUUUUGAGAUAGAAAGUACUAUUGAUAUCCAUGUAUGAGGAAUGUUACCAUGACACCUCCCAGGUGACAGAGGAACUUGUUGAGAAUAUUCUACGUCCAGGACUUGAGCCUGGUGCUGUUGAUGUUUUCCUUGAGUUCAUUUGUUACUCAGGUGGCCCUCUGCCUGAGGAACUACUGCCACAGGUUAAGUGCCCUGUUUUGAUAGCAUGGGGUGACAAGGAUCCAUGGGAACCUAUUGAACUGGGAAGAGCUUAUGAAAAUUUUGAUUCUGUAGAAGACUUCAUUGACCUUCCAAAUGUUGGCCACUGCCCUCAGGUUGGGCUCUCUCUUGUGUGGCAACUGCAUAAAUACAUGUUCAUGCUCACACAUUUAACACACAAAGUAAUUUCUACAACCUUUCUUUGCUGGUAUGGACGCAGGAUGAAGCUCCACAUCUUGUAAACUCACUUGUUGAGUCAUUUGUGGGACGCCAUGCUAUAUCUCCAGCAAGUGCUUCCACUGCCAUCUAAUUGCUGCUCCUUUUCUUUAUUAAAGAUGUUCACAAAUUUCCAAAAGGGUUUGGAGGAACGAACAAUGUGAUUUAAGAAGCAUUCCCAAGUCGCAUAAAGUUCUUCUGGUGUCAAUUCUUGAUAUAUUUCAUGAGCGGCAGCUAUCCGUCAACUAAUUUAUUAUUAAGGAUUGAUCCAUCCUUCCAUCCAAUAAUUGGUUAUAAGGAUGGAUGCAACAUUUGAUUGUUGAAAAAAAAUAAAAAUGAAAAACAGGAUAAGAACUUGGUAUUGAGUUUGUAGAGUUAAAGCUAUUCAAAUUGUUGGUGAUCAUCUUUUUGUCGGUGUAGAUUCGAGGUUCUAUGGUCUUUUAAUGUUUCAUGUGUCAUAAUCAAAGGUCUCUGUGAUU